AUGAUUAUUUUUUGUCUUGUUUUAGGCGACAGUAUCGAGGACCGUUUCACGAUUAAUAUUAGUAGGACUGAAGGAAAAAAGAUAGGACGAGAGAAAAUCAGUUUCGAAAAACUCAAUAUUGAUCAUUUCAAAAAACUGUUAUGCGAAUAUUACAGGUACACCUUUAUAGCCAACGAGUUAAGGUUAUGGAAGGUGUCCAUUUCCACAAAGCCAGAAGACAAGGACGAUAAACUAACAAAAUUACAAGACGUACCAAAUGUUCACGCAGGGAUUGAUAUUAAAAAGCAACUCGGAGGUGUGCCAUUAAACCCGGAUGACUAUAUUAAAAACAUUUUUGUUGAGGAUCCUCCCGAUAAACACAUUCACAUCAUAAUAGAGAAACCGGCCAAAGAACCUCCUUUGAAGAGAGCACGUACAGAAGAGGAAGGAAAAAGCAUACCCAUUGGCUGGGACAGCUUCAGCAAAAUUGUGAACGGAGGUUGCACUUUUCUUGAUAAGACAUCUCUGAUCUCCGAGUUCAUUGAGUGCAAUUCGAAAGUCUCUCUUAUCGUUCGGCCAAGGCGGUUUGGAAAAACAAUUAACCUCACGAUGCUUAGAGAUUUUUUUUCGAUUCCCAUCCACCCAGACAAUAAGAAAUACCGCCGUGAAUUGUUCGUAGACAUGAAAAUUAUGGAGAAACAGAGCCUUUUUGACACACAUUUUUGCAAGUACCCAGUCAUCUUUCUCUCUUUGAAGAAUUUCGAUGGCUGUGAAACUUGGUCAAAGAUGAAAAUCAAGCUAUUUGGGAUGUUUGCAAUGCUGUACAAAAAUCAUAAUUAUGUUUAUGAUAAACUUGACCCUUAUGAGAAGACACGUUUCAGUCAAAUACGUUCUGAAGAUGAGAAUUGUAAACGCAUGGAUGAUGUUCUCGUUGACCUUUCUAGGUAUCUGAAAGAUUAUCAUGGAAAAGAGUGUAUCGUCCUAAUUGAUGAAUAUGACCAUCCUCUUGACAUUGCCUAUCGGUAUCAAUAUUAUGAAGAAGCUCGUGGUUUUUUUGCUUCUCUAUUUGGAGCGCUCCUCAAGAGCAAUGACGACAAUUUGGAAAAAGCUCUUCUUGUCGGUGUGUCCCGUGUUGCCAAAUCAGGAUAUUUGUCAGGGCUUAACAACAUGCAAGUAUUCCCAAUGCACGAUCAAGAGUAUGCUGACAAAUUUGGCUUCACUGAAGAUGAGGUUUCCAUUAUUCUUCAACAUUACAAAAAGUCUCAAGCUAAGAAGGUCAAAGAUUGGUAUGACGGUUAUAUGGCUUCGAAUGGUACAAUACCUUUAUACAAUCCUUGGUCAAUCAAUAAAUUCAUUAGCACGAAUCGUUUGGAGGCACACUGGGUAGAUACAGGAGGCACCGCAACUAUCAAACAAUUACUUUGGCACUCAAAUGAAGACUUUAGAAACAAAACCAUAAUGUUGCUCCGAAAAGACGCGGUCAAUGUGGAGAUUAUGGGAGAUAUCGAUUACAAUUUAUUAUCUCAAUGUGCAAAUGAUACACUAUGGACAUUACUUUACUAUGGAGGUUAUCUUACCAUGAACAAAGAAGGGCAUCUAUACAUUCCAAACACAGAGGUUUUCACAGAAUGGAAGGGAUGGUUAAAUAGAAGAAUUUCAUUUAAUCCAGAUACAAUGUUGGAGAUGCUUUUGCAAUGCAACCUCACGAAAUUUGAGAAAGAACUUCCAAUAAUGAUAAUGGAAUCUCUUUCAUAUUUUGAUGUUCCAGAUAACUUAGCGGAAACUAAUUAUCAUAUGCUCAUGGUUGGCAUACUUUCACCAGUACGAUAUCAUAAUUAUGAGCUGUCUUCAAACAGAGAAGCUGGUGAAGGACGUUUUGAUGUUAGAAUAGUACCAAAUACAGAAAAAGUAAUUUAUGAGGUAUCAAUACUUAUGGAUUUCAAAAUAUACGAUAAGAAAAAGAAAAACAUAGAUAUGGAAAAAAAAGCUAAAGAGGCAUUAGAUCAGAUAAAGGAGAAAAAAUACCGCACCGGGAUAAGAACUACAAAAUUGGUUGAGUGCGGAAUUGUUUUUCAGGGGAAACGUGCAUAUGUGUUGAGUAGGGUUCUUCAUAAGAAGGGUGAUCAGUGGGUAGAGGAAGCUAAAUAA